AUGGCAGAGCGGGGCGUGGGCGGUGUGGCGCAGCACACCACGGCCCCGCUGCUGCUGCUGCUGCUUCUGGAGAGAGCGGUGCAGUACUUCCCAUCGCGGCCUCCUCUCGCGUUGCUCGCCACCUCCCCCCUGGUGCGUGCUGUGUGCGACGCUGCCAGCUUCCACGCGCCGUCGCGGCGGGCGCCGCUGUGCGUGCUCUUCACCUGCAUCCGAGAGAGGGUGCGACUGCAGAAGGCGGUGUGGUGGCUGCAGCGCUACAACAGGCUCUCUCUGACGCCGUGCAUGUGUCCGCGUAGGAGCAAGGCGACCGGGGUGUGCGUUCUCUGUGGAGAACAGCACGUGGAGGCCAUGCGGAUGCGCUGGCACAUACUGCCGCAUGUGGAGGAGGCUGCGGUGCGUAACAGUGGCGGUGAUGCCGCGGAUACCUUCGUCGGCAAGCUGCGCAAGGUGACGAUGCGCUUCCGCAGGUGCCUCCCCCCGCUGCUGCUGACGGUGCGCUUGGAUGGGUGCAGUGCAGUGCACAUAAGCGACGUGUCUGCUGCGUUUUCCAUCCUCACCAGCGAGCUGCUCUUGUUGACAGGCUGCCACGCGGUUAGCAUAUUUCGUUACCUUACCAGUCUCCGCCUUCUGCGGGAGGUUGACCUCUCUGCCACGCCGAAGGUGCUGUGGAACGAGAUGCACAUGCUGCAGGAGCUCAGGCACCUCGAGUCCCUCUGCCUGCUGCACUACGUGCCAGUAGCGGAGGUGGCGGAUGCAUUGCAUCAUCGCCGCGGGGUCGCGCACAUCUCUGCAGAGGCAAGGCUCGCCAACGAGGAAAGCUGGGCGUUUUGCGACUCACUGCCGCCGCGGCUCCGCACGAUUUCAUUCGAGCGCAGUAGCAUCACUGACUACGCCGUGAAAUGCGUUGCGCGGCGGUGCCCCGACCUCCGCUGCCUCUCGCUGUCCUACUGCAGCUUUGUGUCGGACGUCAACGUGCUCGCCUCGCUGCACUCGCUGGAGACGCUGAAUCUCGCGCAGAGCGGCGUCGGAGACGGCGGCGUCACCGGCCUCUUGCGCUGCUGCUCGCUGCGGUGGCUGUCGCUGUCGCACUGCGCCCCGAUCGUGCAGGUAGAGUGGCUGGGGGGCCUGGAGCAACUCCGCGAGGUGGCACUGAGCGCGACGGACGUGGAGAACGGCGUCAUUGCUGCGCUGGCGAACUGCGCCGCGCUGGAGGUGGUGCGCCUCGACCGCUGCAGGAGGAUCAGUCACACGGCGGUAUUCAUGCGCUUUCCGGCGUUGAAGAAGCUGAUUGUGUGGGGCUGCGUCAGGCUCGACGUCCGUCGGCUGUGCAGCAUGCUGGGGGAUCGCGUGUACUUCUCACGGUAG